AAAGAAUACUUUACUUGACAAAAUUGGCCUUCAAGAUUCAAUCCAGGCUUUGCAUGCAAAGCAUAUCAAACUUUACUUGCACACAAUUCCUAGUAACAGCCUAUCAUCAACCAUAGCAAUCCUUCUCUAUCUGUAGCCUUCUUCAUCUUCAAAAAUAAAACAGGUUCUCAAAUCAAAUGGAUGCAACACAAUUGUUCAGGAAGUCAACAUUUUUUCUCUAACAAUGGAUUAUUUGAUCAAACAAACAAGCAGGGUGAGACUUGCCAGACCGCAGCAAAGCACAGAAGGGCCUAGCAGUAGCAGAGAAAGAAGAAUAUCUUUCCAGAAAACCCCAUCUUUCAAAGAAGAAAAGAAGAGGUCUCAGAACUGGUUCAGGAGACAGAUUUCUUGGCAGAUGAAUCAAGAUUAUGACUCCAUUGGCUUGGAGCAAGCAACUGCAGUUGCUGCUGCUGCUUAUGCCGUUUCAACAAUGAAAGAAUCAAGUAAAAUCCCAGAAAAGAAAAAGAUAAGCAGUGAAGGCCGUGAACCUUCAUUUGCUCGAACCAAGAGCAGAAAGGAACCUGCGCCAACAGUUCCGAGCCCUGAACUGAAAAAGAUAAAGGAAAUCCCUGAACCGUCUUUUUCUCGAAUCAAGAGCAGAAAGGAAGGUACAACAACAUCAGUUCCAAUAGAACUAGGUGAAGAUUCAGUGAGACAUCCUGAAAUCCCAGCUGUGAAAACACAGGAGAAGGUUGUGGAUGCUCCACAAAUAAAAAAAGGUCGUACGUUUGCAGAAGAGCAAUCGAGCAGAACGGAUGAGAUUCAACCUGAAAGCGUAGAGCCAAAACCUGACAAACCUGCCAUAAGACCUGAAGUGGCAAUGCCAAAACCUGACCUGUCUGCAACUAUUAAACCUGAAACCUCACCGGCCAAAUUUGACGGGCCAACUUCAAGGAGACCUGGAAUAGGAGGAGGAGGAACAGAAGCAGAUAUUUGGGAGAGAGAUGAACUGGCGAGGAUAAAAAAGAAGUACGAGGAACUGAAUGCUAGAAUACUUUCCUGGGAGAAUAAGAAGAAGGCAAAAUCAAGAAGAAAAUUGGACAAAAUAGAGAGCGAAUUGGAGAGGAAAAGAAUAAAAGCCUUCGAACAAUUUCAUAGCGAGGUGGAUGAUAUCAAUCAGAUUGCCGGAGGAGCAAGAGUGAAGGCAAAGGAAAGGCAAAGGAAAGAAGAGUUAAAGGCAAAGGAAAAGGCAAAUCAAAUUAGAAAAACAGGAAAAGCCCCUAAUUCACGUUCCUGCUUCUAAAUGUAAUAAUUAUAUGUACAUAGCCUUAUCUGGAAAUCUUUCUUAGUCACAAAAUGUAAACAAAAACAUUUCUUACACAACUCUGUAAAUUAUGUUUCAUUCAUCACAAUCUAUGUAGAAACUUUCUUUAAAA